UGUAAGUGUGAGUGGGCACGGACCAGCGAGGGGCAGGCAGCUCGAGAGUGAAUGACACUUAACGCGCCGACGCGUCUUCUCCAUCUGACCAGCAACCAUUCACUACCCCAAAAAAGUCAUCGCAACAAAAACGCACCACAUCACUUGCGUCAGGACAGCGCUGCACAUAAUGGCUCUUAUUGUAGACAAGCACAGACCCCGGUCUCUUGACCAAUUGACGUACCACGAUGAAUUGUCGGAACGUCUCCGUUCGCUGGCACGCAGCGGCGAUUUCCCCCAUCUUUUAGUAUACGGACCCUCAGGAGCAGGCAAAAAGACGAGAAUUGUAGCCACACUCAAGGAACUCUACGGUCCGGGUGUCGAGAAGAUCAAGAUUGACGCACGAGUCUUCCAGACAAGCAGCAACCGCAAACUCGAGUUCAACAUUGUGGCAUCCGUAUAUCACCUCGAAAUCACACCUUCAGACGUUGGCAACUACGACAGAGUUGUGGUCCAGGACUUGCUCAAAGAAGUGGCCCAGACACAGCAGGUAGAUCAGUCUGCACGACAGCGCUUCAAAGUUGUCGUCAUUAACGAGGCCGAUCACCUGUCGAGAGAUGCCCAGGCAGCGCUUCGUCGUACCAUGGAGAAGUACUCACCCAACCUGCGUCUCAUCCUUCUUGCCAACUCGACGUCCAACAUCAUCGCCCCUAUUCGCUCCCGAACACUGCUUGUCCGCGUGGCUGCGCCGACACAUGAGCAAAUAUGCAGCGUGCUCGCACAUGCUGCUAAGAAAGAGAACUGGGAGGUUGCACCAGGGCUGCAUCAAAGAAUAGCUGUUGAAAGUGGGCGCAAUCUGAGAAAGGCGUUGUUGAUGUACGAGGCAGUGCACGCGCAAAAUGAAAAAGUAGCAGAUAGUACACCAAUUCCUCCGGCAGAUUGGGAAGCUCUCAUCGGCCAAAUCGCAAAGGAAAUUAUGGAAGAGCACACCCCUGCGAGAAUCUUGCAAGUUCGCUCCAAGUUCUACGACCUGCUUACACACUGCAUCCCCGCCACUACCAUCCUCAAGACCUUGACAUUUAAGCUGUUGGCCAUGGUGGAUGAUGGUCUCAAGGGCGACGUCAUUAUGUGGUCUGCCUUUUUCGAACACCGAAUCAAGACGGGCACCAAGGUCGUUUUCCAGUUGGAGGCUUUUGUUGCCAAGUUUAUGCGAAUUCUGGAAAUGUAUUCUAUGGGAAUGGAGCUGGAUAUGUAAUUAAAAUUUGCCACAUCGACAUUUAUACAGGCGUUAUGGGUGUUUACCUCCCAAUAAGAUUGUUCUCUUUUUGCUACACGUACAUGCAGUUUCCACAAUCUAUACGAAAUACAAGUGAUGUCCCUGGCCGGUACGACUUGGUCUAUCAAGGUAACAUAAAAUAUUUCAGCCCUCGUUUUUCACCAUUGUAGCCAAACAGAAUAAAAACAAUACGGACAGCCAAAUCACUAAGAAAAUCACCGCUCGCAGUGUCAAACACUAGGCUGCCUGCACCACAACCUCCCCCUCGCCUUCAGGCCGCUCGAAGCCACCCCAGUACAUCUCAAAGACCUCCUCGCUAAUAUCAUACGCCGAGUCACCAUUCCGUUCGGCAUCCCCGAGCGCGGCACCGUCUCUCUUGGCCCGCCGGCUCUGGAUUCGCCCCCAAAGCGUUUCCUUGUUGGCCUCAAGGAACACGAGGACCCAUCUUGCCUUUGCAGCAUCGACCAGAGCCUUGUACUCGUCGCGAUACUCCUUGUUCCAGAAGGAUAGAUCGAGCACAAUGUCCUUGUCGGGUUCAUCGCGGAGAAGCCUCACUAGCUCAUUACGAACAAGAUCCGCCGCCUCGUCCAGAUACUCCUCGUACUUCUCGGCCGGAUAGUCAAUGGCGAAGAGUCCAUACUUCUUGAAGACUUCACC